AUGACGGCUCUCCUCACCAAAGGGAUAUCACUCUUCUCAGUCCAGCCGGUCUGCGAGCCACCCAAAUCGCUAAAAGCCUCGCAGGUUCUACCGAAACCCUCGAAUCUCAGAACCCAGAAUCCGAGGAAUUUCAAGGUCAGAGCUGAAGCCAAGGUCACGAUUGACGCCCCAGGUAAACAACCCUCGCCUUCCACUUCUAACGAAGACGACCCGCUUCAGAAAUUCCUCAAAAGGGACUAUAAGUGGGGUUUCAAUCAAGAGAUAGACUCCUUUACGCUGCCAAAGGGGCUAUCUGAGGAAACCAUAAGGCUGAUUUCUUCCAGGAAGAAUGAGCCUGAUUGGAUGCUUGAGUUCAGAUUGAAGUCAUAUGAAAGGUUUAUGAAUAUGAAAGAGCCGAAAUGGUCCGAUAAUCGGUACCCAGAGAUUAAUUUUCAGGAUAUCUGCUAUUACUCUGAGCCCAAAAAGAAACCAACUUUGAAUAGUUUAGAUGAGGCUGACCCUGAGCUGAUUAAGUACUUUGAGAAGCUAGGUGUGCCUUUGAAUGAAAGGAAUAGGUUAGCUAAUGUUGCAGUGGAUGCUGUUCUUGAUAGUGUUUCCAUUGCAACUACACAUAGGAAGACCCUGGAGAAAUCUGGGGUAAUUUUCUGUUCAAUAUCUGAGGCCAUUAGGGAGUACCCAGAUUUGGUUAGGAAGUAUUUGGGGAGAGUUGUGCCCUCAGAAGAUAACUUUUAUGGGGCCUUGAAUUCGGCUGUGUUUAGCGAUGGAUCGUUUGUGUAUGUGCCCAAAAACACGAGGUGCCCUAUGCAAAUCUCGACGUAUUUUAGGAUAAACGCCAUGGAAACUGGCCAGUUCGAGAGGACUUUGAUUGUUGCAGAUGAUUCGAGCUUCGUGGAGUAUUUAGAAGGGUGUACUGCGCCUUCGUAUGAUACGAAUCAGUUACACGCGGCUGUGGUGGAGCUGUAUUGUCACGAGGGCGCCGAGAUUAAGUACUCCACCGUGCAAAAUUGGUACGCUGGAGACGAGGAGGGUAGAGGAGGGAUAUUUAAUUUCGUUACGAAGAGGGGACUUUGCGCUGGUUCUCGGUCGAAGAUAUCGUGGACGCAAGUGGAGACGGGGUCGGCUAUUACCUGGAAGUACCCGAGUGUUGUUCUGGAGGGUGAUGAAUCGGUUGGCGAGUUUUAUUCCGUUGCAUUGACUAAUAAUUAUCAGCAAGCUGAUACGGGGACUAAGAUGAUACACAAGGGUAAGAAUACGAGAAGCAGGAUAAUUUCUAAGGGUAUUUCAGCGGGGCACUCUAGAAAUUGUUACAGAGGACUUGUUCAAGUCAUGUCCAGUGCAGAUAAUGCUCGGAACUCCUCGCAAUGUGACUCUAUGCUCAUUGGAAAUAAUGCCGCGGCUAACACUUACCCGUAUAUUCAGACCAAGAAUCCCUCUGCCCGGAUUGAACACGAAGCCACCACAUCAAAAAUCGGCGAAGAUCAAUUAUUCUACUUCCAGCAGAGGGGAAUCGACUACGAAAAGGCCAUGGCAGCAAUGAUAUCCGGGUUUUGCAGGGACGUCUUCAAUGAACUUCCCGACGAAUUUGGCGCUGAAGUGAACCAGUUGAUGAGCUUGAAACUUGAAGGAUCCGUCGGGUAGGCUCACCGGUGUUUUUCAGUCAAUAAAAAAACGAUUUACCCAACUUUAAACUUUUUGGAAGCUGUAGCCAUUACCCAGGGAUCUAAGAUCUGUAAAUUUGUCAAAUUUCAUAUACUGGCAAGGAAAAAGGGGUGAAUUGUACACAAUGUAAAUGUGAAAAACAUUACUUCCUGGUGAGUUAUGAAUCCCUUGUAAUAUUGUGUACCCUUACAACUAUGGCUAUAUAAGAUGAUAUGGGCUCCUUUUCAUAUGAA